AUGAUCGUACGAUUGGUGAAAAUUGUUUUGAAAGUUAUUUUCAUUCUUUAUCAUUAUUAUUUUUUCUUCGAAACAGAUAAUAUCAAAUUGUUGAAAUCGUUCAACGAUAUAAAUACUUUCAUUGCAAUAUUAAAGAACGAAUACUUGACAAAAUCCGAUGAUAUUUUAACGAGAUUUUUGUAUACCAAUAAUCAUUAUUUAGGUAUUUUUUUGGAUUUAAGAUGCGAAAAUCAAAAUGUUAGCAGGCUUAUCUCAAAAGCAUCAAAACAUCAUAUGUAUGACGAAGCACACAAGUGGUUGAUCAUAGGUCAUAAUUUAAAAGAAAGUUUGAAGAUCAUAGAUGAUAGUAAUUUCAAUAUCGCUACUGAUGUAAUUAUAGCCGAACCAUCGACUAAUGGUUUCGUUUUAUACGAUGUUUAUAAUUUAUCUAAAGAUCAUGGUGGAUCAUUGAAAACGAUAUUAUUUGGUACUUGGCACAAAGAAACUGGUUUGUAUGUUACAUUGAUCAAACAAAAAUUUAAUAGAAGAGCAAAUCUGCAAGGAAUGAAACUAAAUGUUGGUGUGCUCUUUGAUCACAAAUUAUCAAAUAUAUCGAUCGAGAAAUAUUUAUUGGAUUACAAUAACAAAUCGAAAGACAGUCAUUCGAAAUUUAUGUAUGCGAUUUUGAUUAAUAUAGCAGAGCUUUAUAAUUUCACAAUGAAUAUUACGAAAAUAGAUCCAUGGGAGAAACGUGGCGGUAAGCGUGGUCCAAUGUUCACAGCAUUCAAAGAAGGUAUAAUCGAUAUUUAUAUAAAUCCAACCAUGAUGAUUACUGAGAAAUUAAAUUAUGGUGACAUCAUUGCUCCAGUUUGGCCAGUACGAACAUGUUUUUUAUUUCGCACAAUUUCAUCGACAAAUUUACGAUUUACGCAAUUCAUACGACCAUUGUCUAUCCAUGUAUGGUACGCAAUGUUAAUAAUAAUAGCUCUUACAGCUUUUAUUUUAUUGACCGUCUUAAGAAAGGAAGGUUUUCAUGAUUUCAUUGGACUCUGUGGGAUCUCAAUACUUUCUUCCGUCGGAGCUAUAUCGCAGCAAGCUUCAGCUGUGGUACCUUACGGAAUUGGAGGUCGUAUCGCAUUUUUACACAUAAUGUUCUUCAGUUUGUUAAUCUUCAAUUAUUACUCAGCUAGCAUGGUGUCGAAUCGUUUAAGAAAUAUAGAAAAUAAAAUGAAUGAUUCAUUGAUUAGUUUAGCCGAUAGUAAUUUUAAGAUCGCAAUAGAACCUACUGAGUAUAUUAAUUCGUUAUUACAGGAACCAUACAUAGACGUAAAAUAUUUUUAUGAAAAUCGUUGGCUAAAGCUUCCUCAAUCAAUGAGAUACUUGCCAAUAGAGAAAGGAUUAAAUUAUGUUGCCAAGGGUGGUUUUGCUUAUCACACGUUAACAGAAUCAGCUUAUCCGUAUAUAGAAAGAACUUUUGAAACUCGUAUGAUAUGCGAAUUAAUGGAAGUUCAUCUCUUUCGAACGACUUUAGGACUUUGGACGAGAAAAAAUGGUCCCUUCACUGAAAUGCUAAGAAUUGGAUUUACGAAAAUGAAUAAUGUUGGUUUACGAGAUCGUGAAUUGAAACGUUGGUCUGCUAGAAAGCCUCGUUGUCCGGCAAGCAUGCUUAUAGCCGAAGCUAUAUCGAUUCAUGAAGCCGCCCCUAUUUUGUUAUUCCUUGUCGUUGGCAUGGUUUUAUCCUUGAGUGUAUGUGCCAUCGAAAAUAUCAUUUUUUGGUUUUGGUCCAAAAGCGUACACGCCGGAGAAAUAUAUUACUGGGAUCGAAAUAGUAUACACGGUCGAAUGUUUGAACUUCUCAAAGACAAUUACAUCGACAUUGCCAGCAAUCCAAGAGUUAUGGUGUCCGAAAGAUUAGAAUUUGCCAGUUUGAUCGGUGCAGCUUGGCCAGUUCGACCAUGCUUUAUGUUACUUUCUACUCCAACGAACAGAAUCAAAUUAGAUUUAUUUCUUAAACCAUUUACAAUAGGCAUUUGGGACACUUAUGCAGUUUUCAUGAUCAUUUCUAUGAUCAUAGUUGGAUUAAUAUUGAAACGUGAAAAGGUAAAAAGUGAAGAGGGUUUCGGAGCUAUCGUUUUAACUAUUGGUAUCAUGAGUCAACAAGGAGCGUAUUUCUUUCCAAAAAAUUUGGCCGGUCGUAUAGCAGUGGUACAGAUAUUACUUUUCAGCUGGAUGAUGUAUAAUUAUUAUUCCUGUAGUAUCGUAUCAGCCCGUUUGAGCGAACCAUUCGACAAAAUAGAAGAUUCCGUUGCGGUACUUGCCGACACGCAUAUGCGUAUUGCGGCAGAAGCUGUACCAUAUUUAAAUUAUCUAUUGAAAAAAUGGAAUUGGGAAUCAGAUUAUUUUAGGAAGAAACGUUGGGACCCGUUGCCCUUAUCAAAAAGAUAUUUGCCUAUAGAAGAAGGUAUCAGACAAGUUGGUCAAGGUGUCCUUGCUUAUCACACAGAUCCCAACACAGCUUAUCCUUACAUCGAAAAGAUGUUUGAUUCGAAUCAGAUAUGUCAGCUGACGGAAAUUCAUCUCUUCAAGGAAUCAGUCAUGGGAAUGUAUUCUAGUCACAAUGCACAAUUCUUAGAAAUAGCGAGAGUAGGUCUGAUCAAAAUGCAAAGUACAGGUUUGCGAAAUCGACAAAUUAAAUAUUGGUCCUCGAAAAAACCUCAAUGUCAACAGGACGCUUUGUCCACAAGAAGUAUUACUAUUUACGAAACAGCUCCGGCCUUCAUUCUAAUUACGUUAGGUAUCCUAAUGUCAAGUGUUAUUUGCUUGACAGAAAAUAUUUACUUCCAUCGAUUCACACAAAAAUUCACACGGCAAAGAGAAAACUCUAAUUUAUCGAAACAGAAUAGUAAUCAAACGGGCAAUACUAACGAACUACAAUUAAUUAGUAUUUAAUUUGAUAAAAUAUUUGAUUUUUCUAUCACUUAAACAAAUAUAAUUUGCACAUUUGCUUCGAUAAUAUUAAAAAUAUUAUUCAUAAUAUCUUGCUUGUUGUACUGAUGAA